UCCUACAUUUUUUCAAACUACAAAUAAAUAAACACCAAACAACCCCUUCUAAUAGCAUCAACUACACCUCUUGAAUCUUCAUCACCAUGAAGGGGUCAACCAUUUCCCCCUCUCUGAUCUCCCUCUGUCUCUCCGUGUGGCUCUUGUGUGCCACUUUUGGCUGCGCCAAUUUGUUGAACCAAAUCGAGCACUGCGAGUUGGAUUGCGCGAGUGCCACGGUGGAUGGACUCAACGUGGUUGGUAACUGCGAACCCAAGUGUUCUCAGGGUUUCACUAUUCCCAGCCAAAUAGAGAAACAAGGACAAGACGCCAUCAAAAGCUAUUUGGAUAACCUUUUCACCAACGCUCUGUUAGACACUGCUUCAGCUGAAACAAGGCAUGACCCGGAACCACACCCAGAUAGCCAUGCCAUCGAAACCCAAAGCAAAACACAGAUUAACCACGAGGGUGAGAGGAACAUACAUGCAGAUAAAACUACUUAUGAAGUGCCCAAAAACAUUGGAGAAGAUUAUAAGCCGACAAUUCCAAGCCAUAUAGAGAAACAAGGACAAGAGGCGAUGAAAGAAUAUUUGGAUAACAUAUUCAGCAACGCACUCUUUGGCAGUGAUUCAAUUGAAACAGGACAAAAUCGGGAAGCACAUCCAGAUACCUAUUCCAUCCAACUUGACACCAAAACACAAAUUAAGCACGAUGGUGAAAGGAGUAUGGAUGCACAUAAAUCAUCUUAUAAAGUUCCCAAAAAGUCUGAGGAAAAACAAUUGUUAGAUGGUGAUUUUGGGGUCAACGUUGAUCUUGAGAUUGUAGACGAUGGAGAGUAUGUUCUGAAGAUUAAGAAGAUUAAUCUAAGUUCAACCGAUGAGGAUGAGGUAGAAAGGGCUAAGCAUAUGGCUCAAAAUGGAGCCAUGUUGUUACUUUAUGGAGAGAUGCUUCAAGACAUGGGAGAGAAAUUGAUGGCUCAGUCCCAAACAUCCAUUUACUCCAUAUUUAAAAUGCCUACUCCUCCUAAAUUGAAGUCUGAUAAUUAAUCAUAACUAAUUAGGUUUUGAAUUGUAUUUUCCUCUCAUAGUUUGAGAAUUAUUAAUUUUUAAUCCCUUUUUUAUCCAUGAAUUAAUGUUUGCAACAGAGUAUUUGUUUGUGUUU